GGCGGAAUAGACUAAAUAAUGUUCGUACAAAAACAACUUUUCCAACAAAGUCUGCUAAUCGUCAUAGUUGCUCUUUCCUUCGGUGAAUACAUGGAACCAUCCAGGUAUGAACUAAUACAGAACAUUCUGAGAGAAACAAAUUAUGAUCAUAGUUUUCCACCGAAUUCAGAGAGUGUCACACAUGUUUCCGUCCAACUUUCUGUCACCGAUCUUAGCUCAGAGAAUGAUAUUAAAAAGGAUAUUGAAUUCACGAUAUACCUUCGGAUGAACUGGACUGAUCGAAGACUAAACUUCGAAGGGAGUAACACUUCAUAUGAUGUAAUUUCUCUUGGGGAUGAUAUUGUUGAUGACAUUUGGCUACCAGACUUAUACUUUCACCACGAACGGAAAUCGGACCUUCAUGGUUUCUUUGCGAACAAUCAAUUGGUUUAUUUACAUAAGAACGGGAAUAUUCUAUACAGUGGCAGGUUCAGCAUAGAGUCUCACUGUCCUAUGGAGUUUAGAAAGUACCCAUUUGACAAACAAACGUGUCCUAUAAUCAUUCAAAGCUAUGCCUUUCCGAGUGACAUCCUUCGGUUAAAUUGGAAUGGUGGUAAAAACGCGAUUAAAAUUGACAAUGAAUCUAAAAAUAACCUGAAAGUAGAUCAAGAUUCUGUAAAGCAUACAUUUGAUCCACCUUAUCCAGAUGCAGUUGCAGUAUUUUCAACACUAACUGCCAAUUUAGUUUACGAACGACAAACGGCAUCGUUCAUAAUUAUGGGACCUCCAUUUUUUUUUUUUGUAAUUGCCCUAUUGUCAUUUCUCAUACGUGAUGACUUUUCGACGAGAAUCACGCUCAUUACAGGAACUUCAGUCAGUAACUUUGUACACUGGACAGGGAUACGAAGCACUCUUCCAUCCGAUUCAUCUUUUAAUUAUUUUGAUAUUUUGAUGAUAGUUAACUUUAUAUAUUUUGGAGUGAUCUUAACAAUUCACAUUGGUAAACGAUAUUGGAAACAAUACAAGGUAAAUCGCUUUUCGUGUUGCCAUUAGUUAAUAUGAACGAUACUCACUAGAAAUCACUUCAUUUUUAUGACAAUGCGCUCUCAGAGUUUUAAAUUUAGAAAAAUGAAUCGAACCAAAAAAUAUAAAUUUCAGAUUUACAGUUUCAGGUG